AUGACGAAGGGCCCUGCGCAAACAAGCAGCUCCACUGACCUCGGUCGACUAUGGCAGAAAGCAUUGGAGGAGUAUCGGGAGGAGUGUGGAGAAAACCUCAAGGGCAUGAAAGCAAGUAAUAUUAAUGAAGUGAUGAACAAUGUCAACUACAGCAUGGAGAGUUUUGGUGCCUCUCGACACAGCGGCGGUAAGGGGGACAGAUUUCGACAAGCCAUGGGUGAUCAUCUUGGUAGUAUGCAGAAAUGUAUCAAUGGACUGGCUGAGAUUGGGGCUGCUGCUGGUGCAUUUCCACCCGCAAUGCCAGUGGGUCUUAUAUUCACGGCUGCAAGUGGCUUAAUAUCGGCGUUUUCAGCUGUCAGGGCAGAGUAUGAUCGAAUCGAAGAGUUUUUUGGGUACUCUUCACGAUUCUUUGAACGUUUAGCGAUUUGUGAAAGCCGGGCAGACUCCGACGCGGUCGCCAUCGCCAUCGUUCGAGUUUUUUCACAGCAAUUGACUGUAUGUGGAAGAGUGAGAUACCUGAUCCAAGGCAAAGCCAAGCGUAUGAAACAGUUUUUCAAGGCUUUGUGGGAGGCAGAAGACGAGAAGCUGGCAACCGCGUAUGCUGCAAUGCAUGCUUCAAUUGAAGAGCUCGACCAGGCCAUAGGGUUUGAAAGUUACAGUGCCAUCAGAGAUGUCAAGGAUGACAUGGCCAUCAACAGAUCCAAGAUGGAAGGUCUGGAUGUCAAACUGAGUUCAUUUCGUAAAGACCUCGGGCAAGACAUCCAGCAGGUAUACGCGGAAAGUCUGAAGCUAGAAGUUGUGAUCAAAGACGGGUUCUAUUCUGUGAAUGCUAGACUGGACGAGAGCCUUGCAUUGAACCACAAGAUUGCCAAGAACCACGAGAAAUUGCUUGAGAGUCAGAAUGCGAUGGCCAAAAUGCUCUCGGAGCUUUCUAAAGCAAGACAUGGCCAAGGGGAACCACGUAUCCAGGAUCAAGAUCUAGGAAGCAACGCCAGUGGUGGCAAUUUUCAAGCCGUGAGGGAGAUCAAAAAGUUCUUCACUCGAAACCAAGCCACCUUCCCUCUUUGGAUGGACGCCCAUCGAGAGAACUUGGCCAUACAUGAAGACUUGUGCGGCUCGCGGGUUCAAAAUACUGCCCAAUGGGUUUUCGAACAUCAGAGCUUCAAGAAUUGGGUGGAUGGUAAGGAACCCAUACUUUGGCUGAAAGGCACUGAGGGUGUUGGCAAGUCAUUCCUUGCACAAUCCAUCAUCGAAAAUCUUCGCAAACGUCAGGAGGAACACAUCUGGGUGGCUUACUUCUAUUUCAAAGAGGCUUUUCCUUACUUGCAGUCAAGACAGAACGCUUUCGCCUCAUCUGCGCUUCAACUUGCGGAUACCCAUACCAAAUAUGCCGAACAGGUAGCAGCCGACCUCCGGGAGAGCGCUGAAGAUCUGAACGACGUUCCCACUUGGAAGCGCUUCUUUUUGUCAAGAUUUCCAGGUGGUGAAGGGGCUAUGGACCGUCUAUUCCUUGUCUUUGACGGUUUAGACGAGGCUUACUUGCAGCCUGUAGGGGCUCUGUCACGGUUUUUGAGCGAUCUGAAGCGUAAGAAUGCCAACAUCUCAGUUCUGGUAACUAGCAGACCAGAAGAUACAGCCGUACUCGGCUUGCUGAACCCUUCCGUCAUCGAGAUCAAGAAGGAGAACAUCCAACUCGAUAUUCGGGAACUUCUAAAACACCGUUUGCAGACCCUUCCACGCGUACGCAAGUUCAGCCCAGCUAUCAAGAAGACGAUCAUUCGCAAGGUAGUGCAGCAGGCUGACAGCAUGCUUUACGUCGAGCAUAUGGUCAGAAGGUUCGCGUCAAUUGGCCGCGGUCAGGCGGUCUUAGAAGAGUUGGAAAGGAUGCCACGUACCCUACAUGAUCUCUACAAGCUUCUCCUGGCGGAAUGUCGCAGUGGUCGCUCGGAUGCGCAAUACCAAGCCAUGAAGAAGCUGUUUGCGUGGCUGGCAUUCUCGAAGCGUUCGCUAAGUUUAGCUGAGGCGUCGAGUUUGGUUCAGCUAACGUUAUCUGACGACACAUUUGACGUCGAAGAAGAGGUAGUUGGACGUUCAUCCCGAAUACUCGAACUCAAUCAGCCCAGGCAGACAUAUGGGGAUAUUGUAGAUGGCGACGAAGAGUAUGCUAAUCUCGACAGCGUAGAGGAGAACAUCAUUCCCGAGCUUCAAUAUAGGAAGCUGCCUCUUGCUUUUCAAGAUCGGUCUCUACGGGAAUAUUUCACGAGUACGAGUAUCGACGCUGAUAGCGAGAUCGAGUUUCGGACACCUGCUACCGCCGCGCAUCUCACUAUUCUCCAAAUGUGCAUCGAAAUUAUGCUUAAGGCGUCUGAGAGCUCGGAGAAUCGGCAAAGCUCUGAGCUUGCGAUGUACGCCAUACAGAAUUGGUAUGAACAUCUGGAAGAGCUGGACGUGACAAGCAUGACAGAUGACGCUAUCCAGCAGGUAGUCACGUCAUUGUACAGCAUCACGCAGAACCAAAACAACUUGGCUAAGUUGUUUGAGAGAUUGGCAAGGCCUACAGAUAUCUAUCCGGAGCGGGCCAAUGGCAUCGCUAAUCCCUGGACGGACAUACUUGUCUCAUGGCUUGCUAGGGCCAAGCCACGUGUAGAGGCGUCUUUGCAAGUUGAAGUUAGAGACUGGAUACAGGAAGUCAAGGAAACCAAUAUUCUGCUGCCCUUGGCUAGGGGACAUGUUCAGAACUGGUUGACGGCGACCGAUCAAGUAUGGAUCCUUGAAAAAUUUCGGUUUGCUAAAGCGGCUCUUCUUCUUAUGGAUGCCUUUGAAUCUAACGACGCCGAGCCACUCCGAGACAUCAGAGCCAUCGAGGAGAAAAGAGAUGUCUCCAUCGCUAAUUACGAGGCAUUUAGGGCUUUCGGAACGACACUAUCUGAUUACGCCUACCGAGAGCCAAACAAAGUGCGUCAGAGGAAAUUGAUGGAGAUGAGUAUCGUGUACCUGGAGCAGAGUGUCUUUCUUAUGAAAGAAGACAAUCUGGAAAAGGUGGCAGCACUUCGCAUAUUGGCAUCAACGUACACCUCGAACGAUCAGACUGCUCACGCGAUCAAGUCGUACGAUCAGGCAUACGCAAUGUUGCCCCCGCGCGUGGAGGGACUGUCUCGAGAAGGUCAGAAAGAUGUCGACGACAUACGGCUGGACAUCUUACUCGCCAAAGCUGCCGUGUACGCAAAGAAGAGCGAUACGGCAAAUGCGCUGCGCAUGUUCAAUCAAACCAGAGCUAUGGCGGGCAAACAGCCUCUGAUGGGCUCCGUUCUAAACGACAUCACUCUUUUGUUUACCGAAGAAAAUGACAAAGACGGAUCCAAGCUAAUGAACUUGCUUGCGGGUUGGACGGAGAAAGAACGAAAUAGUUGGUUCUUCUAUUGUUUCGAGACGAGCAUAGGCCAAGGCGCAUUGAUGCGCAUGUUGAGAGCCGCAAAACUGGCCAACAAAACCGAUGCACUCCUUUCCUGGCUGUCAGCCUUGGCCAGCAAGAUUUCAGCUAACAGUUAUUACCUGUUCAAUGUCAAAGCCGCAAUCGCUACCAUGUAUUACCCGGUACUAGGCGAUAUUGAGAAAGGCAGAAGUGUACGCUUUGAGAUGUUGGAGAUGGAACCGCAGCAUGACUCGUGGUACAAGGACAAUAUGAAGGCAGCACAAUCGGAAAUCCGCUCGAAACUUGCAGACAUCUCUUUCCACGAAUUCCAGUUGUCUAUCGAACCUCAGAAGAAGGAACAGCUAAUCAAGGACCUGAAGCUUUCUCGGAACGUCGACGACGAAGAUAGCAAGCAAGACGAUAGAGACAACACUUCAGGCACGCACAUCAUUAUGCUUCGCACAAAUAUGCUUCGCAUCAUGGGCCCCGCGAUAAAGUACGAAAAGUAUAUGAAUGAGCUGUUCAACGAGUGUAUGCGCGGCCUUGAAGAUGACAUUGCCUGGAAUGACUCACGCAACCUGCGACUGUUAGCCAAGGUCCUGGCUUCACUGGAUGGCCUAGAGAGAGAUGCGAUGAUUGCAAGCUCUGCGCAGUUUUCUGUCUUGGACCGUACCCUGUAUGGGGAAGACGCUGAUUUCGACAUCGUGGAAUCGGCUUCGAACUCGGGAAAUAUCGACUCAGACGCUGAUAACAGGACGACAACGCACGAUGAGAUUGUCGAAGUAAGCAUUGAGCCUACACAGCUUGUCACGGAAAGGUUGAUGCUGACGCCGGUUCAAACGAGUGAGUCUAUGAUGCCUAUAUCACAGGCUCUCAUAGAUACGGCGCCAGCUACUAUGAACGACUACUCAGUCCAAGUCGUGAACUUUGUGGAAUCCCUAGAUGACAAGGCUCCCACCAUCGCAACCACUUCCAAGGCUGACGAAGACCUCAACGGCAUCAAAAUCGGCUGCGACGGCGGCUGUGGCACAUUCAUCGAUUCCUGGAGUCAACCAUUCUUUUUCUGUUUGGUCUGUCCCAACUGCGAUCUGUGUCAAGAGUGCCACAAGAAGCGCUUGAAGCAGACAGCAGGUGAGAUCCCAGAGCCUUGGCUUAGCUUCUGCGGCCCGAAUCACCGCUAUAUCAAGGCUCCGAUUAAGAACUGGCGGGGCAUCAAGAACGGGGUUAUUCGGAUUGAUGGGGAAAAAGAUCGCACGGUGAAGGAGUGGCUGGAGGGGCUAAAGAAGGAGCGGUGGCAGAAGGCCUGGCAUGCGUUCUGGACUAGACAGGGUGGACUGAAGAACAUUGGGCAUGACGGCUGA